GUCACAACAAUUCUUUUUGGUCGUUCUUUUUUCUUCAACCCCUAGCCAAUUACGGGUAGCCAACCAGGGUAUUUUCAUUUGAAGAAAUCGCCUGAACCAACAAUUCUCGUGUUUGUUGGUCCGGAUUAACUUGCACCGCCGAAUUGACAACCGAGGCGCCUGCAUGAUGGAUCAGCCAAGGGAAAAACUUGGAAAAAUGUCACUGUCACACCUAACGUUACGUAUGUAGGUAGUCAGACCAUGUAUUAGCUGUUACCGUAUUUUCAUCCAGGAAAUAAAAACCCUAUGAAUAGAAUUUCCUUUGUUCCCGUUUCAAUGCCCUUUUUAAUGUUUCAGGAGAGAUAGUGACAUCAGUCACUUGUCCAACUGUCUUUCGUUGUCAGCCCAGCAAUUCAAGACUAGCGCCCAACUCAUUAAACGUUUCAAAUAUCAAGCGGGCCACAACUGCCAACUUACAUUUUCAAUUCUACUUUCCGUUAUUCCACCAAUUUAAACUGUUGGCUACUCUUAAACCAAUCUAUUACUAUUUUUGAGACGAGAUGGCAUCCUUCAUAGUGAAAAAAAUCCUCAAAGAGACGGCGGGGAACCAAUUUGGAGCAGGUGAUCCAUACUUCGAACAAGUUCCCGCGACGCGACUCGAUGGCAAGCCGUCAAAGAAAACCAAGAAGGUCCGCAAGGCCUUGCCGCCCGGUAUCUCGGAGCACGAUGCUAUGAUCUUAACGAAGGUGAAGAGAAGGGCAUACCGAUUGGAUAUGAACUUUGGAAGUUUUAUGGGGCUUAAGAUUGGCUGGGGUAGCGUCAUUGGCCUCUUCCCUUUUGCUGGAGAUGCAGUGGAUGCGCUUCUCGCGAUGAUGGUCGUCCGAACCGCCAAACAAGUUGAAGGAGGACUUCCGUUCCACAUAUGGGCCUGGAUGUACGUCGUGGUGCUCAUCGACUUUGUCGCUGGAUUGGUGCCGUUUGUUGGGGACAUCGCCGAUGCGAUGAUCCUUGCCAAUACGCGCAAUGCUGUAACAUUGGAGGAAUACCUACGAAAGAAGGGUCAGAAGAAUCUUCGGAAUAGCCACCUACCGGUCCCCGAAGUCGAUCCUAGCGAUCCAAUUGAAUUUGAUCGAUUCAAUUCUGAGUCACCUGAGCACGCAUCAUCUCGAGCUACGCGCCGAGGAGACACCACCGGUCGAUCGCGAACGGACUACGCUCCCCAAGAGAGUGGCGUCGGACCUGAGAGACCCGUGCCAUCAACGCCUGCGGCAGCAAGGGUACGUGAUGAUCGACAAGGUGGUUCCGGUAGAGGUUUCUUCGGCUUCGGUGGUAGUAGGAGAUCUCGUCCGACAGAUGUCGAGAUGGGUGGACGGAACUAGGGACCCACUUAGGAUUCAGCACUGUGGCACAGUGGGGUCCUAUUACGAGAUGAAGCGCGUUAAGUGCUUUGGAGGGGCUACCUAUUUACGCGUCAUGCUGUCAUAGCUUUUUUUCGACUGGGUUGAAUGGAUCUGUGCAAUCUGGAUGGUGGUUCUGUUUGAUUUGGUUUUCUUAAUGAUCGGUUUUACGAGAUCCGAGACCCGAAAUUUUUGAUAAAAUUCCCGAGACAUACGGAGCAUAGCGUGCAGGUGUAAGGGGCAAGCAAAGAUUGGAUUGAUAUGAUACCAAGAUACAUAAUAUCAUAAUGAAAAGUAGCAAAUAGCAACGAGAUGAUGUGGCCGGUGCUCAAUUUUUACCAAUUGAAACUAUGGUUCAGAGUA